AUGGGUGUAAAACGUUUAUGGAGUUUAUUAGAACCCGUAGCGAGACCCGUACAGCUUGAAUCUCUAAGCCAAAAAAGGCUUGCUAUUGAUAUCCUUUAUACUUUAUAUAUUUGGUUAUAUCAAUUUUUAAAAGCAAUACGCGACGAAGAAGGAAAUGCCUUAAAAAAUGCUCAUAUUUUAGGUUUUUUUCGAAGGAUAUGCAAACUUCUUUUUUUCAAUAUCAAACCAGUAUUUGUGUUUGAUGGUGGAGCCCCGGAAUUGAAACGACAAACUUUGGCAGAACGCCGAAAAAGACGCAUUGGAAAGACAAAUGAAUUACAAAAAAUAGCUGGAAAACUUUUAUCAGUUCAGAUUCAAAAGCGUGCUGUUAAAAAUAUUGAAGAAUCAAAUAGAUCAGAUAAGAGCCGAAACGACUCGCAAGAAAAGACAAUAAUAGGUGAUGAUGUCGUUUAUUAUGAUGAAUUAAAGAUGAGUCCAGCACAAUUACAUAAAAAGAGAAAAAAAGAUGAAUACUAUUUGCCGCCUAUUGAAGGGGGAAUCGAAUCCAUGAUUAAAGAUGAUGAUCCAAGAAUGGCAACUAAGGAAGAUCUUCGCAAUUAUAUAAAAAAAUACAAGGCAAUUCCAGAAGAUGUCAACACCGAUUCUGAAUAUUUUAAAUCUCUUCCGUUGGAAACUCAAUAUGAGAUAAUUAGUGAACUUAGACUAAGAAGUCGGUUAACUUCAACGGAUAGAUUCCAAGAAUUAGUCAACAGCGCUCCCAUAUCCUAA